AUCCUCCGCUCAAAUUUCAUCCAAACUCGCCUCGAAUCCGCCCCGAAUCGAAGCCUAGCCUCGCCUCGGAACGCUCCGGCUCCGGCGAGAGAGAGAGAGAGAGAGAGAGAGAGAUGGCCCGCACGAAGCAGACGGCGCGCAAGUCGACGGGCGGGAAGGCGCCGAGGAAGCAGCUGGCGACCAAGGCGGCGCGCAAGUCGGCGCCAGCGACGGGAGGGGUGAAGAAGCCGCACCGCUUCAGGCCGGGCACCGUCGCGCUCAGGGAGAUCCGCAAGUACCAGAAGAGCACGGAGCUGCUCAUCCGCAAGCUCCCCUUCCAGCGCCUCGUCCGGGAGAUCGCGCAGGACUUCAAGACCGACCUCCGCUUCCAGAGCUCCGCCGUGGCGGCGCUGCAGGAGGCCGCCGAGGCCUACCUCGUCGGUCUCUUCGAGGACACCAACCUCUGCGCCAUCCACGCGAAGCGCGUCACCAUCAUGCCCAAGGACAUCCAGCUCGCGCGCCGCAUCAGGGGCGAGAGGGCCUAAGGCUUGCCCGCCUCCGGUGCCGCCGCCUCCUCUUCGAUCCGGGUGCCGCUUCUUCUGUGUUCUUAGCAGCUGUCACGCUUUCAGAUUUGAGUACGUAGAUUAGGAGAUGUGUGUUCGUCGUCGGGUUAGAUGGGCAACCUGGCGUUUGUGUUGUCUUCUGAUGCUGUAAUCAUGGUGGUCUGCUAAUCUUAAUGGAAAUGCUGUCGUCCCGAUUGGUAUUUCUAAA